AUGGAGCUGAACAACGAGUAUGGCACACCAGAGGAUUUCCGCAAAGCUGUAGUGGAGUUACGAAAUGCCCUUCCUGCUCAGAAUACAGUAUCCACCGACUCCGCUGUGUUGAAAACUCACGGAGACUCCAGGUUCGAUUACCACCCUGAAUCUCCACCUACUGUUGUGGCAUUCCCCAACUCGACAGAGGAUGUGGUUGCCAUUGUUAAGAUCGCAUUGAAGUAUAAGAUGCCAAUUAUCCCAUACUCUGGCGCUACCAGCUUGGAGGGAAAUUUUAGAGCUCCACCUAUCGGGGGUAUCUGCGUUGACCUAUCUCGCAUGAACAAAAUCCUAGAGAUACACGAGGCGGAUUCGGACGUGGUCUGCCAGCCGGGGGUGCAGUGGACGCAUCUCAAUGAUGCUCUGAAGGAGAAAGGCAUACGAUUGUUCUUCCCGCUUGACCCAGGAUAUGGCGCGACCAUUGGCGGUAUGAUCAGUACGGGUUGCUCUGGGACAAACGCGGUCUGCUACGGAACUGCCAAGGGAGAGUGGAUUCUGAACAUUACUGUCGUUCUCCCCAACGGUCAAGUCAUGAAGACCCGGCAGCGGUCACGCAAAUCUUCUGCCGGGUUCGAUAGUACCAAACUAUUCAUAGGAGCUGAAGGAACGCUGGGAAUCAUCACUGAAGCUACACUCCGUCUUGCUCCAGUUCUUGACACCAAUGUUGCCGUUGUUUCGUUCCCCGACGCUCGGAGCGCCAGUAAUGCGGUAAUUGAGGUAAUGAACAGAGGCGUUGGAGCUCAAUGCAUCGAGCUCGUCGAUGACGUCUUCAUGCAUGCUGUAAAUGCAAGUGGGCUAUAUGAGCAGAAAUGGCCAGAAACCGAUUCCCUAUUCAUCAAAUUUCAAGGAUCCACUGCUCGUGCAAUCCAAGAAGGCAGCGAUAUUGCUCGGGAAGUCAUGACGAAACACGGAGCAAUUGCGUUCGAGCUGGCGAAGAAUGAGCAAGAAGCGACAGAUCUGUGGAACAUUCGUAAGAACGCCCUUCAUGCAGGCCUUAAGCUGGUUCCCGGCGCUCGUGGGUGGAGCACGGACGUCUGUGUCCCGGUAUCUCGCCUGCCGGAGAUAAUUACAGAGACGAAGAAGGAUAUCGCAAAGACGACCAUCACGUCGGUCGUGAUAGGCCACGCAGGAGAUGGAAACUUCCACACCCUCUUGCUGUUUCGCGAUGAUGCAGAACUCGAAGUUGCUCGCCAAUUGGCAGACAGAAUGGCAGAACGCGCGAUAGCGCUUGAAGGGACAUGCACCGGAGAACAUGGGGUGGGCAUCGGCAAGCGAAAGUAUUUGAAGCAGGAAUUGGGAGAGGGCACAAUCGACUUCAUGAAGACCAUCAAACGGGCAAUCGACCCCUUGAACCUGUUCAAUCCCGGCAAGGCGAGUAUUCAAGUCAUAAUGCUUUUCGACUGA